CUUGCAGUGACAAAACACAUUCCACGUUCACGAAGUUUAUCGGGUGGACUAGAAAACAUUGACACAGUUUAAAAGCGCUUGUAGCUCUAAAACUAUGAUUCGAUGUCGAAAACUGAAAGUGGGAGCACGAGAAGUGUUCACMGGACAUUUGUGGGUUUCUGCCUUCGCCGAAUACGCUGCAACACUAUUUUUUGUCUUUGCUGUUUCUGGUUCGUCUCUCCGAUGGGAAGGAACACCUAGUAGCUUGAAGAUAUCUCUUGCUGCUGGAUUAGCGAGCUCACUGGUUACACAGGCUUUUCGUUGGGUUUGUAAGCCUUUGGUACACGCUAACCCAAGCGUUUCUUUCGCUGCAUUUCUGUCAGGGGACACUGGUUUGGUUGCAAUGGCCAUCUAUAUAGUGGUUCAAUGCUUUGGAGCCAUUACAGGAGUUGCACUUCUUCGUGUCAUGAGUCCCGAACACGCCCGCGGGAUCCUUGGCGCUACCAUCCCAGCAUCGGGCACAUCAUCAUUACAAGCCGUGGGAACUGAAGCAGUUUUAACUYUGUUCCUUGUUCUYGCUGUUCUUGCUACACUUGAYGCAGUGAAGUACGAYCCACACGCUCGUCUUGACGUGUCUGUAGCUGUAGGUCUGGCUACGAUUGUCUGUUAUCUUAUAGCAGUUCCUCUAACAGGAGCAGGUUUGAAUCCUGCACGAUCUCUUGGUCCAGCGGUAUUGUCCAAGAUGUGGGAAUCCCACUGGGUAUAUUGGUGUGGUCCGAUGGUUGGAGCGGGAGUAGCAGGAAUACUGUACAAUACACUGCUACACAGUCGAUCAGCAUGGCAAMGGACUGACACUUAUGACAGUGAGGAAUCAUCACUKAAGCCUUGAAGGCYCACAACAUCCCUCCCCUAACGUUGAUUCAGUAGUACCCUACCCCCCACUGCAGUUAAUUAAUCGUCACUCUAUCUUCCUACUGUAGUUGAUUUGCAUUCCAUGAUAUAAAUUAAAAUUAAACAACUGAACUGGAAUGAUUAAACCUACUCUAAUAGACCAAUCCCGCAUUCGCUUGGAUGAACACGAAACAAUCACUUSAUUUCGAGRCUGGAGUUUUCGACAAAAGAUAAAAYUCCAGCCUCGAAAUGAAGCCAUUGUUCCGUGUUCAUCCAAGCGAAUGCGGGAUUGGUCUAUUAUCAAAGUUGCUGUCGGCUAACAACGAAUUUUCAUUGCAAUGGGUGUUUUGCUGGGUUUGUUGCAGUGUGCCCGGUAUAUUGUUCUACAAUGGUUUUGGUAUGAACUGCUAUAUCUUAGAGUAUUGUUUUUGCUGCAUUGUAAAUGUCAAUGUGUCUGCAUUGAUCAUUAGUUUUCUUCUGAUUUUCAUGUUGUUCUCAGGAAUUAUCAGAACAAACCACAUAAUAGUUAACUCUUUGUAUGAUAUAUUGUCAAUUUUUUGUACAAUUCUACUAUUAAAAAUGUGCAUUUUGACCCCUUAGUGUCCCAUAAUUUCAAAUGACAGUUAUACUAAAUUAAAUAUUGUUUGAUUUAGUACUCAAGUGUGACGUCACAAAAAUACUUUUUUUUUCGAAUUUUUAGGAUUCAUUGAAAUAUCCUUAAAGUGCUACUUGCAUGAAA